GCUUUAAUUUCGUUGUUCUGGGUUUUCGUUUGGUGGUAAUAUAUUUGUGAUCUUUAAAUUCUGUGUUUUCUUGAUUUAUUGGUAAGAAAAUGAUGGAGAAAGCUUAUGGAAAUGGUUAGAAAGAAUAAAAAUAUUUGUAAUUUUGUUUGUUAAACAUGAAAUCGGUAUCAAUCAAGUCUUGGUCAGUUUGUUUUGUUAUCGAAUUUAUUGUUUCUAUGAACUGAUAAACGUCCUUUCGGAAAAGUAAAUUAGUUUAUGCCACUUACAGAAAUGAAUUAUUUAUGCAAAUAUUGUAACCAAAAAACUAGGUUUAGUAAAUCUAUCCCCAUGUACGAUGAUGGUACCGUAAUUAUAUUUUCUCUUCUUUAAUGAGUGGCUGAAUGCGUACUUUGGUUUGUUAGUUUUCAUUAAACGGAUUUGAAAGAUUGAAUCGAUACCGGUUUGUAUUUCAGGGGAUUUUUUACUGAAGGCCCUUAUCCCAUUUGAGAUAGUCAUGGGUUCAGAGGAUCUUUCUCCCUUGGUUGAUGAGGUCAAUGUGCUGACAGAUCCAUCCAUUGACAGACCUUGUCCAACCAAAAAGAAUCAGGGUAAAGCUCCUAGAAGAAUUCACAAGGCUGAAAGGGAGAAAAUGAAGCGCGAGCAUUUGAACGAGCUUUUUAUUGACCUGGCCAAUGCUCUUGAACUGAACCAGCAGAACAGUGGGAAAGCCUCAAUACUGUGCGAAGCAACCAGACUGUUGAAGGAUUUGUUUGGUCAGAUUGAUUCACUCAGAAAGGAGAAUGCAUCUUUGUUGUCUGAAUCUCGAUAUGUGUCUGUGGAGAAGAAUGAACUGGAGGAGGAGAACUCUACCCUAGAAUCUCAGAUUGAGAAGCUGCAAAGUGAGAUAGAAGCAAGGGUAGCACACUCCAAACCUGACUUGAACGUACCUCCUCCUGAAUCUCAGGCAUCACAUUUUCCUGGAGAUAGCUAUGGAUUAUCUGCUGUAGAACCUGCCUUGCAGCAAGCAUCUGCUGUUUAUGUUGUUCCCAUCCGUCCUGAACUCCAAGCUUAUUCCACACCUGAUUCUGCUCAACUCUCAACUAAACCUGCUUCAAAUGUAAGCAAACCUCAUGCGAGGUACCCUACGUCUGCAGAUUCGUGGCCUUCCCAACUCCUUGGGGAGAGUAUUUGCAGUAGUGGAAACAAGGCUCCAAGUGACGUAUGAAGUUAGUUAUGUCCAGUAAUUUGUACUCGAUCAUUCUUCACCUUCUUUCUUAGUUAAUUAGGUGUGUAUAUUGCAAGAUGGGAUGAUGGUAGGUUAGUGUAUUUGUUUUUGAUGUGGAUCGGUUGAUUUUGAUGUUUUGGUAACAAAACUAAUUAGUCAGGACAAUAAUAUCAAAAUGUGAAUAACUAAUGUAGUCAGGCUUGACUCUGGUCCAUAACACUCAAUUGAAUAAAGGCAUUUUUAGAAUCCA